AUGAAACCGAAGCUGAAGCAAUGGAAACAGCUCAUGCUCUUCGGAAUAUUUGCGUGGGGGCUCCUCUUCCUGGUAAUUUUCAUCUACUUCACCGACAGCAACCCUGCUGAACCCCUGCCGAGUUCCCUCUCCUUCCUGGAGACCAGAAGGCUGCUUCCCGUGCAGGGGAAGCAGAGGGCCAUCAUGGUGGCCAUGCACGAGCUCUCUGUUGCUGAAGGCACGGACGGGAACAAGGUGCUGUCUGACAGAAACCUGUCAGACCCCUUGAACUUGGGGCCCAGUGACCUGCAGAGAUGGGUCCAGGUGAAAAAUGGCUUUGAAAAUGAAGAUGAGUUUUUUUCAUCGCAGAUCGGGAGAAAAUCCCAAAGUGCUUUCUACCAGGGGGAUGACAACUACUAUUUUGCUGCUGGUCAGCCGGGGCCCCCAAUCCACGCUCAGGAGAUGUUGCCAUUCGUUUCCCGCGGGGAGCGAGACCAGAGGGAGGGCGUUUUGCCCGCAUAUACCGUGCAGAGAAAGCAGAAGAAGAAAAGGCGCGGGAAGCAGAAGCCAAGCCACGUGUUUGAGGAGAACGACGGCUGGGACGGGCUGUAUUCCACCACGUCCAGGGCCUUUCUCUACCGGCUUUGGCAGGGAAACGUCUCCUCCAAAAUGCUGAACCCGCGCCUCCAAAAGGCGAUGAGGGAUUACCUCAACACCAACAAGCAUGGGGUGCGCUUCCAGGGCAAGCGGGAGGGGAGGCUGAGCCGGGAAGCGCUGCUGUGCGAGCUGCGGCGCAGGGUGCGCGUGCAGACGCUGGACGGCAAGGAGGCGCCAUUCUCUGCGCUCGGGUGGGACAGGCACGUCCCGGCGGUGCCCCUCAGCCGGCUGUACCCUCGCGGCCUCCAGAGCUGUGCUGUCGUCAUGUCUGCCGGCUCAAUCCUGAACUCCUCCUUGGGGAAAGAAAUAGAUUCUCAUGAUGCAGUUUUGAGAUUUAACUCUGCUCCUACACGUGGUUAUGAGAAAGAUGUUGGAAAUAAAACCACCAUGCGCAUCAUUAAUUCCCAGAUUCUGACCAACCCCAACCAUCACUUCUUCGACAGUUCGUUGUAUAAAGACGUCAUUUUGGUGGCGUGGGACCCUGCUCCUUACUCCGCAAAUCUCAACCUUUGGUAUAAGAAGCCAGACUACAACCUGUUCACUCCAUAUAUUCAGCAUCGUCAGAGAAACCCAAAUCAGCCAUUUUACAUUCUUCAUCCUAAAUUUAUAUGGCAGCUUUGGGACAUUAUCCAGGAGAACACUAAGGAGAAGAUCCAGCCCAACCCACCAUCUUCUGGUUUCAUUGGAAUCCUCAUCAUGAUGUCUGUGUGCAGAGAAGUGCACGUGUAUGAAUACAUCCCAUCCAUCCGGCAGACGGAACUUUGUCACUAUCACGAGCUGUACUACGACGCAGCCUGCACGCUCGGUGCGUACCACCCGCUGCUGUACGAGAAGCUCCUGGUGCAGCGUAUGAACACGGGGGUCCAGGAGGAUCUGCAUCAGAAGGGGAAGGUGACCCUGCCGGGGCUCUGGGCCGUAAGCUGCCCUGCACCCAACCCUGUUCCACACUCUUAA